GCGACCGUCGCGUAAGGGUCAGACCGGGAGCAGGACCGCCGAGCAGGGCCAUGGCGCGGCCCGGCGCCCGCCGCUGCUGCCUGGGCUGGGACUUCAGCACGCAGCAGGUGAAAGUCGUCGCUGUGGACGCGGAGCUGACGGUCUUCUACGAGGACAGCGUGCACUUUGACAGAGACCUCCCGGAAUUCGGGACACAGGGCGGCAUUCACGUGCACAAGGACGGGCUGACGGUCACUUCUCCGGUCCUCAUGUGGGUGCAGGCCCUGGACGUCCUCUUGGAGAAGAUGAAGGCUUCGGGCUUCGACUUCUCUCAGGUCGUCGCCUUGUCCGGGGCAGGCCAGCAACACGGCAGCGUGUACUGGAAGCGCGGGGCCGGCCGCCUGCUCGCCGGCCUGUCGCCAGCCCUCCCGCUGCACCGGCAGCUGCAGGCCUGCUUCUCCGUCAGCGACUGCCCGGUGUGGAUGGACUCCAGCACCUCCGCCCAGUGCCGCCGGCUGGAGGCCGCCGUGGGCGGGCCCCGGGCCCUCAGCCGCCUCACGGGGUCCCGUGCCUAUGAGCGCUUCACGGGAAACCAAAUCGCCAAGAUCCACCAGCAGAACCCCGAGGCCUACGCGCAGACCGAGAGGAUUUCCCUGGUCAGCAGCUUUGCCGCGUCCCUGUUCCUGGGCUCUUACUCCCCUACGGACUACAGCGACGGCUCCGGAAUGAACUUGCUGCAGAUCCAGGAAAAGGUCUGGUCCCGGGCUUGCCUGGACGCCUGCGCGCCUCACCUGGAGGAGAAGCUUGGCCCGCCCGUGCCGUCGUGCUCCGUUGUGGGAGCCGUGUCCUCCUACUACGUGCAGCGCUAUGGGUUUUCUCCAGGGUGCAAAGUGGUCGCCUUCACCGGCGACAACCCAGCGUCGCUGGCGGGCAUGAAGCUGGAGGAAGGGGACAUUGCGGUCAGCCUGGGCACCAGCGACACCCUGUUCCUCUGGCUCCGCGAGCCCACGCCUGCUCUGGAAGGCCACAUCUUCUGCAACCCGGUUGACCCCCGGCACUACAUGGCCCUCUUGUGCUUUAAGAAUGGCUCCCUGAUGAGAGAGAAGAUCCGCGACGAGUCCGCCUCCUGUUCCUGGAGCGAGUUCUCCAGGGCCCUGGAGUCCACGGAGAUGGGGAACGGCGGACAGCUAGGCUUCUAUUUUGAUGUCAUGGAGAUCACCCCCGACGUGAUCGGCCGUUACAGGUUCAGUGCAGAUGGCCGCGAGGUCUCAGCCUUCCCCGGGGACGUGGAGAUCCGAGCUCUGGUCGAAGGACAGUUCAUGGCCAAGAGGAUCCAUGCGGAAGGCCUGGGCUACCGCGUCAUGCCCAAGACAAAGAUUUUGGCCACAGGCGGGGCCUCUCACAACAGAGACCUGCUCCAGGUGCUCGCGGACGUGUUCGGUGCCCCUGUCUACAUCACAGACACGGCCAACUCGGCCUGUGUGGGCUCUGCGUACCGAGCUUUUCACGGUCUACGAGGCUCUCCUGCCCCGGUACGCCAAACUUGAACAAAGGAUCUUGUCCCAGGCACGGUCUGCAGAGUGAGCUCCCGGGCCCAGGCACCCCCGGCCCCGUCUGCUUGGACCCAGGAUCCCACUUGGAGAUGUGGCCCCGGGUGGCAGGGCCCCUCGUCCCUGCGCUGCCUGGCUCCGCUUGCCCCUGUGGAUUCCAGGCCGCCCGGAGCUGGCCUCGGCGCGUGGUCCUGGAGAUGGACAGCUGCCUGUGCCCGAGCCAGGAGAGCGCCCCUCUUCCCUCUCUUGUCCCAGGAAGAACAGAAUCUGGGAUGGACCCCCUGCGAACUGUGACUUUGGAGCCUCCAGAGGCAGCAUUAGAGCUGGGGGAGGGACCACGAUCCCCCAUCCCCUGCUGACCUCAGCCUGACCCCUUCUCUCGCCCUCACCUUGUCGCCACACCCACCUGUGUAACACCUGCUCCGCCCCAGGCUGCCUGACAGCUGUGUUCCCGGGAUCACCUGGGGCCGCUCCCUCCCGGCCCUGUGCCCUUUCUCGGGGAGCAUGGCCCAAGUGCUGGAGUUCUCGUUUGGCUUGGACGUCUGUGCUGCUCUGAGAAACGUCUUCUUGCAUUUGUAGGGUGCUGAGUCCCUGCCACAGCGCCCCUGUCACCACACAGGGAGACAGCGCCCCUACCACACAGAGGACAGCACCCCUACACCACACAGGCGCUCCUUGGUGGAGACAUCUGACAUCACUACCAACAGGAAGGACUCACACAGCAUUCCAACAUGAGCUUUAUGGAACAGGGACCAGUGGUGACGCCAUGGGUCAAGCCUCCACCAGCAGUGCCAGCAUCCCAUGUGGGCACCGGUUCAAGUAGCGGCUGCUCCACUUCCAAUCCCGCUCCUGCUGAUGCACCUGGGAAAGCAGUAGAAGAUGCCUUAAGUGCUUGGGCUCUUUCUACCCAGGUGGGAGACCCAGAGGAAGCUCCUGGCUCCUGGCUUUGGCCUGGCCCAGCCCUGGCCAUUGUGGCCAUUUGGGCCAUGAACCAGUGGAUGGGAGAUAGUUCUGUGUCUCCCCCCUCCCUGUAACUGUGCCUUUCAAAUGAAUAAAUAAAAUCUUUAAAGGGACCAGCACCCUGUGUAGCAGGUAAAGCUUUCACUUGUGGUGCCGGCAUCCCCUGUGGGCGCCAGUUUGAGUCCCGGCUGCUCCACUUCCGAUCCAGCUCUCUGCUGUGGCCCGGGAAACAGUAGAAGAUGCCCUAAUGCUUGCACCCACAUGGGAGACCAGGAGGAAGCUCCUGGCUCCUGGCUUCGGAUCGGUCCAGCUCUGGCCUUUGUGGCCAUCUGGGGAGAGAACCAGGGAUGGAAGACCUCUCUCGCUCUUGCUCUCGCUCUGCCUCUGUAACUCCACCUUUCCAAUAAAUAAAUAAAUAUUAAAAGAAAAUCUUUAAAAAGAUAAAGGAUUGUGGUUGUGAAGAACACCACAGAUCAGAAAUUCAAAAACUCAGAAUCAAAAUGGAACAGCAGUAAGCAUACGUGGGACGAGAAGUGACCGAGCCUGGGAAAGAUAAAAUCACAGACAGGAGACUAAGCAUACGCAGGUGAACAGAGACACGGCUGCAGUUCUGCCACGGCGCCGCGGACGUGGGGUAGAGUGAGACACAGGCCAGAAAGCACAGGGCAAGGAGGGCGGGGAAGAGACGCCGCGGAAAAGCUGGAGCUCUCGCAGACAAGACUAAGGAGCAGAGUUAAUAUCUAGGACUCUCCCCAGGGGCCGGCGCUGCGGUGUAGUGGGUGGAGGCGUCACUCGCGCUGCUGCCAUCCCAUAUGGCUGCCGGUUCAAGACCCGGCUGCUCCACUUCCAACCCAGCUCCCUGCUAAUGCACCUGGGAAAGCAGCAGGAGAUGGCCAA